UAUUUUCGGUCGGUAAUUUCAGUUUAAGAAAGCAGCACAAGCGAUGGCGGUGAGCAAAAGCGCAAACACAUAUAAUCGACUGAAUUGGGAAGAAGCUGAUUUCCCUAUUCUGUGUCAAACAUGCCUUGGUGAUAACCCAUACGUUCGCAUGACCAAGGAGAAGUUCGGACGAGAGUGUAAGAUAUGUCAGCGUCCCUUCACCAUAUUCCGUUGGUGCCCUGGUGCUCGGAUGAGGUUCAAGAAGACAGAAGUCUGCCAAACUUGUAGUAAGCUGAAGAACGUCUGUCAGACGUGCCUGCUUGAUCUAGAGUAUGGUUUACCGAUUCAAGUCCGUGAUGCUGCCCUCAAUGUCAAAGAUGAAAUGCCCAAGUCUGAUGUCAACAAAGAGUACUACUCACAGAACAUGGAAAGAGAGUUGGCCAAUGUGGAGGGUAACCAGCCACUGGGUGCAGUAGGGAAGGCCCAAGCCCCUAGCGAUCUCCUUCUCAAGUUGGCUCGGACCACACCCUACUACAAGAGGAACAGGCCUCAUAUAUGUUCUUUCUGGGUCAAGGGAGAGUGUAAGAGAGGAGAAGAGUGCCCAUACAGGCACGAGAAGCCUACAGACCCAGAUGACCCCCUGGCCGAUCAGAACAUCAAGGAUCGUUUCUACGGAGUGGAUGAUCCCGUAGCCGAUAAGCUGAUGAGACGAGCAGCGGCCAUGCCCAAGCUAGAGUCCCCUGAAGAUCGGAUGAUCACUACGCUCUAUGUCGGUGGACUUGGAGACAAGGUCACAGAGGAAGAUCUCAAGGGUCACUUCUAUCAGUUUGGUGAGCUACGGAGCAUCAACGUAGUCCCCAAGCAGCAGUGUGCUUUCGUCACCUUCACCAACAGGCAAGGGGCCGAGGCGGCUGCAGAGAACUCCUUCCAGAAGCUCAUCAUCAAAGGUCGAAGGUUAAACAUCAAGUGGGGGAAGCCCCAAGCCCAGCAGGGGUCAGGGAAGAAAGAUGAGGAAGGGGUGAAGGAACAGCACUAUGAACCGGUUCCGGGACUGCCUGGAGUAUUACCACAUCCACCCCAAAUGAACCAAGACCACGGCAAUGCACCUUUCCCUCCCCCGAUGCUCCCUCCCCCUCCAAUGAACAACCCUCCCCAUCCCCACCCCCAGUUCCGACCUCCUCCCGGGUACGGCAUGGGUAUGCCCCCACCCCCACGGUUACCCCCUCCCCCUCAUCACAUGCCCCCGGGCAACAGGGCACGGUUCCCCCCUCCCCCUCCAGGUGGGCCUCCCCCGAGGAUGCCCAGGUUCCCUCCACCCCCUCCCUUCGGGGGCAGGAGGGAUGGUCCCAUGCCGCCGCACAUGCGACACAGAAUGCCCCUGCCCCCUCCCCCCAAUGUGCCCCCACCCCCAAGGUCACAGCAGGGUAGCGCAAAGCCCCCAGCCGUACAUUACCCCUCACAGGAUCCGCAGAGGAUGGGGACGGGUGUCGAGGAAACGUCUACAAAAUCUUAGCAUUCCCCUUCUUUUGUUGAUGACGGGGGGGGGGGGGGGGAUUUCAUAAACAGUUCUGUCAGGUGAAUUUCACCAAAUAAUUUGCUUCCAGCCAAUCAGAUGAGAGGGUUUUCAGUAGCUUCUUACAUCUGUCCGUAAAAAUUACUGACAAAACUCUUCAUGAAAUGCUCCCCAGGAUCCAACCUCAUCUUCAAAUAAUUCCUUAUUAUGAGAAGUAAUAUAGAAUAAUUGUAAGGUGUCCUCAAAGUUUUUUUUAAAGCAAGAUCAGGAACAAUCAAAUCAAAAUGAAGUGUAUUAUUUCCUCAUCAGGGGCCCGUGACAUAAAGUUUAGUGAUUGAUCAUGGGGCCUCAUUCCGUUAUUGAUUGUAUUGAUUAUUGUGUAUGAUCAAUCGUAAAAAUCAGCCCAACGAUCAGUCGCUAAGCUUUAUGCUACCGGGCCAUGCUCACCGCUCACCACUUGUUUUGUCCCAAGCACAUGCAGAGAUUUUCAUUCCAUAUGCAACCAAAAUUUAAAAGAAAUAAUGAAAUUGGAGGGGAUAU